AUGUCUAAGAUUGCUGCCAUGAGUUCCACUUGUUCAAUCACAGGUAAUAAAAGUGAAUCCUCAUAUAGAAUUUAUGCUCGUCCAUCCACUCAACAAAAAGAUGCAGCAGCAUUGUCUUUAUUAAUUGUAAGAAUUUACAAAGGUUUAAAACAAUUAGACCCAUUUCACAGAAGAUUCUCUUUGGAAGAUAAAUCAAUUCAAUAUCCAUAUGCUGUUGAAGAAAGGGUACCAAAUUGGAUGUUAUAUAUAAUUACAUCAAUUCUUCCAUUAAUUACGAUGAUCAUAAUAUCACUUGGACUCAAAAGAAGCAUGCACGAUUGUCAUCAUGCAAUUCUUGGAUUCAUUUUAGGAUAUUCAUCGACUUUGGUAGUGACUCAAUUAUUCAAGAUUACUGUAGGUCGUCCCCGACCAGACUUUAUUGAUCGAUGUCAACCAGUUAAUGGAUCGACGGAUGCCACAGUUUAUGGUCUUAGUACUUCAGAUAUUUGUACACAAACUUCUCAAUCUAUAUUGGAAGGUGGAUUUGAAAGUUUUUUUUCUGGUCACGCCUCAACCAGUUUUGCAGGAAUGGGUUACCUAUCAUUAUAUUUUGCUGGCAAAUUGCAUGUAUUUGAUAGAAAAGGUUACACAUAUAAAGCAUUCAUAGUAGCUAGUCCUUUAGUUGUUGCUACUCUUAUUUCUAUAUCUCGAACAAUGGAUUAUCGUCAUCAUUGGCAAGAUGUUAUCGUUGGAAGUUUGGUUGGUUUCUCAUUUGCUUUCUUUUCAUAUAACCAAUAUUUCCCUCCUUUACAUUCACAUGUUUGCCAUCAACCUUUCGCGGUAAGACUUAAAGAACCCGAACCAGAACAUACUGCUGAUUUUUCAUUUCAUGAUGGGUCAACAUUUAAAGUUAGUGUGACUCGUAAGGAUGGUGAAAUCGUACAUAAAUCUGAUUAUGCAACAACUCCUGAAGAAUUAAAUCAAGUCUGA